AUGGCUGUGAAGGAUCUGGUGUUUGUUUUCUCGCACCCUUGUCAAAAUGUGUUCUUCUUCUCAGAGUUGAGGGCUGUCAUCAUCAUCAUGCUGCUCUACUUCCUGCUAUGCCUCUUGCCUGCAGUGGCAUUUUCCUGGAACUGUCCUGAGGAUUGUACAUGUGAAAAUGGGGUUUCCAUAUUCUGCAUUCAACGACACUCAAGCACAGUGCCCCGUGUCCCCAUUACAACCCAGAAGCUCUACAUUUUCCAGAACGGCAUUGCCACAGUUUCCAAGGAAGACUUCAAAGGCCUGGUUGAGCUGGAGCUGCUAGAUCUAAGUCAAAAUGAGCUGGCAGAAAUUCCUGAUGGGGCAUUUGAGAUGCUGUCAAAACUGAAGAACUUAGAUCUGUCCUCUAACCAAAUUACGCACAUUUCCAAAGACAGUUUCUCUGGCCUGGUCCAGUUGGAGAGGCUGUAUCUCUCUGCCAAUAACAUCCAGAGCAUUCAUAUGGAUGCUUUUGAAGAUUUGGAGAUGCUGCUGGAACUCAAGCUGCAAGGAAACCGGCUCACAUCCCUGCCUCACAUGGAUUUCCCAAAGCUUCUUCUUCUAGAUCUCAGCAACAAUAACAUCCCAAACCUGGGACCUUCAGACCUCCAGACUCCACACCUAGAAGCCCUCAAAGUGUCAUCUUUAGGGCUUACCACUUUGGACGAAGAACUUAUAGCCUCACUGAGAAACCUCCAUGAACUGGAUUUGUCACUAAACAAGCUGCAAGAAGUACCCAAGGCGCUAAAGUUGGACUCCCUCAAAGGACUGAUAAAACUAAACCUGGCUGCCAACCCGCUGCUGGAGUUUAAGCAGACUGAUUUGUUAAAACUGACUGGACUUCAAGAGCUGGAUCUCAGUGGUCUUAAUCUCCAGGGAUUUUCUGAGGGAUUUUUUGAUACUUUCCCAAAGUUGGCGUACUUGACAGCAGCUGAGAACCCGUUCAACUGCUUAUGUCCGUUAGCAUGGGUUCCUGUCUGGCUAAAAGAGAGGGAAGUCACUCUUGGGAGGCAAUAUGAAACCAGGUGCCACUUUCCUUUAGCAAAUGCUGGUAAAAUGCUUUCAGAUCUGGAUCACAAAGAUUUUGGAUGUCCACCAACAACAACGGAAUCUUUUGGCUCGCCCAUUGCAAACACUGUUGUCUCCCAGAUGUCAACUCCAUCUCCAGAAAUCACCCGUACCAAUGCUAUUCCUCCACCUCCUCCACCUAGUGAGGAAACCAUCGCCUCGAAAACAGACAUCUACCUUCCUCCACUUAAAUUCCCAGUCUCCCCUAGUUCUGCAAGUGACAAAUACAAGCAUUUCUUUUGCCCUCCAAACAUCUGCCUUAACGGGGGUACUUGUAAUUUUGACUCACAAGGCCAACUGAGCUGUUUGUGUCCCUCGGGAGCAUUGGGCCUCUAUUGCGAAAACUUGAACGAAGCCAACGAGCCACAGCCUUCACCAGCAGAAGUUUCUGAAGCUGUCCCUGUAGUGCCUGAUAAAGUGGAUGUCAUCAUUUCACGGCAGGUCACCUCCACAUCGAUCCUUCUUGAUUUUCACCGCUUCAUUGAAACACAACCACACAUCCGUGGCAUCAAGUUAACCUACCGAAACCUUUCAGGACCUGACCGCCGCCCUAUAGUAUUGAGCUUACCGACUUCAUACCCCGAAUAUACUUUGCGGGGAUUAAGACCCAAUUGCACCUACUCUGUUUGCGCCAGUCCGCUUGGUGAGAAACCCAGUUCAAGGGGAAAUAGCUCUGUAGAAUUGGGGUCAUGCACAGAGGCUCGCACGGAGGACAUCCUGAUGGCCUCCCCAGAGCCACUGUUGAAAGAAAAGGCUUCUUGGACAUCCACUCUUAUCUCAUCGGUAGCUGCUCUGGUUUUAGGGCUAGCUGUGGUGAUUGGGACGAUAGUCUCCCUCCGAAAGAGACAUCAAGCAAGGGCAGGAUUAGAGCAAGAGCUUGGCACUCCUGAACCUGAUCCCAUGGACUUGGAGGGUAUAAAAGUUUGCCUGGAAAAUGGGGUAAAUGGCAAACUACCCCUCAAGCAGCCAGAUGCAGAUUUUUGCCAGCCUCCUCAGUGCCCGCAGUUGCAAAAUGGCAAUUUAGACUAUGAAGCACCCUUAAUCCAAGGACACUGUCAAUCAAAUAACAAUCUACCAUCUCUAAAACCGUCAUAUUUCUAAUGGUUGUACAGUUUGUUUUUUUAUUAAAGAUCCCACUGGGAGCUCCAGAUCCUGAAGGAGAUUUUAGUGGUUUUGUAGUCUUCAGAGGUACAUUAGAUGUUCACAGGUGGAGAAAGGGCACUUACUUUCCUCUGUUAAAGGCAAGAUUACAGAACGGGUUGCAUGAUCUCCUUAAAAGACAAUAAAAGUUGCAUUAGCAGCUACAGCACAGUGGAAAUCCGCUCAACCACUUUUGAAAAAUGAGAAGAACUGGCUAAACUUUGUGAGACUUGGAUUAUCGAAGAACUCAACCAUGGAACUAAAGUGCAAUCAUGUCAUCUUAGAAUUGGGGAGAAUAUGAAUAAUCUGUCUUUCAUUGACUCAAAUGUAUAAUGCUUUUUUAUGCUUUGUUUUUUUUUGGAAAAAAAUGUAAAAGAACUGUAAUCCUGUUGCUGGAUUUGGGAGACUUUGGAUAUUUGGGCCCAGAACUGGAGAACUCACUGGGGCUCAAAUAAUCCAUAGAAAAUAUCACGAACAAUCACUCUUCCAGGUUUUAAAAUGGAUUUUCAAUCAACAACAAAUACACAGAGGAUCAUGAAAAGAACUUGCACUGAAAUAUUCAUUUACUCCCAAAUGUGCCACAAAGCAAUUUCCACAAGAAACGGAUGUUUAUGUUUGUUGACUCAAAGUUGAUGUCAUAUAUUAUGAGGCACACUUUGAAGUUUCCUGAACUGGUUUGAACUCUUCCAUGUCAACAAACGAACUAAGGCUCUUCACGUCGGAAUUUGAGUCAUUUGGAAUUACAUUUGCUGUGAAAAGGGUAUAUAAGAAUAGCCUUGUACAUGGACAAAAAAAGCUGUUUUAGUAGUUGGCAUAAUUGUGUUGUAUACUUUUGUAUUUUUUGUGUUUUUUUAUCUAUUUCAGUAUAGCUUUUGUUGUGAGCUGAUACAAUAACUGUUCAAAAACUGCUUUUACCAGCAUUAAUUCUGUUACCAUUUCUGUAUUUAAGCCUGAAAAACUAACAUAAAAAACUAAUGUUGCUCAAAGCAGAAUUAAAUAACACCAUAGUUUCUUGCAAAUCAGUUCUAAUGAAUUUUAAUGUAAGUCAGUCAAAGCUGCAAAUGAAGCAGAAUGCAUAUAUUUGUAUAUAGCUAUGGAUCUCACCAAGUGAAUGUAACUGUCAGACACUUUAUUUUCAUUGCCAGGCCUGCCAAUGCUUCAUUACGUCAUGGCCAUUAAAUCUGUCAGACUUUUUAUGAUUAAUAAAACUGUUAAAAGUUGGUUCAAAGGCUUUUUGGUUGCAGAGCUCACUCCUUUGAAACAGCAAGUGUUUGGUGAAAACAGAAAGGGAGUUCAAAGAUAGUCUAGUCAAUGGACCAUAUCCGUUUCCUCUUGUUAACUCUGCAGUAGCUUUUUGUUCUGGAAGUCUCUUUUUGGUUCACUUUUACCAACAUUUGUGUUCUGGUCUAACAGUGGUUAGUAACUGUGAGCUUGGAGACGGUUUUGUUUGUUAACUGUUAACCAGACUGUGAAACAAGCAGGCUAAAUGCAGCUGUUUGAUGAAUUCUCCCUGGGGGUUCUUUUUUAUGUCUCCAGGUGUAAUGGUCUUUUAUGUUUGAUUGUGUUUGAUUCAUAUUUUUGAUGCAUUCACCCAUACUUCCCUCAAUUUGAUCAAACUAGAAUACUUUUUAAUCUGUUUUGUGGCGUUUUAGAGAGAAAAGAUUCUGACUAGCUGAAAGAUUACACAACUAGUGAUAUGUCUGAAUUCCCUCACUAUGCUGCAACCCCAAAAUACUGUACACUGUAGACCAUCUAGUGCCCUUGAUGUUAACGUAACUUGGACACAUGCUCAAACAGAAAACUUGACAUCUAAUAAACACAAAUAUUUUACAAAGACUAUUUAUGAAUCCACUGUGUUUUGAAGGUGAAAACUAAAUAAAAAAAAUACAUUUAAAUUCAUUUUUUUCUAGUCAGAAAUUGCUCAAACGCAAUGCAUUGUGGUCAAUAUUUGCCAGUCUGUUGAGCACCGAUGCUCACUAGUUUUUUGUGGAAAUUUCUGGAAAAUUUUGAAGGCGCUGGAUUUUGGAUCGGUAGAUGUGGACAUGGUGCCCUAAGUAGUGGGGGAAUUUGGACACAAUCCAGGUGUUUUCUGAUAUUCUUUCUGUACGUAUGUCUGUUUAUGUGGUCCAAAUUCCAUAAAAGUUGGGAUGUUUUUAGCUGUUAACACUAUGUAGGAACUAAAAUCAACUGCAAUAUUUUUAUGUCCAGCAGUACAUAAUAAAUAUUAGUAAUGUUUUCAUUGAGAGACCAAUUCAAUUGAAUUUGAAACUAUUCCUAUUUAACAUUUGCAUAGAAGACUUUUCCUCUCAGUUCGAUUGCAGAUGACAGUUGCUGUUCCAGCUGAGGGCCCAAAUACCAUAAACACCCAACACAGGUCUUCAGCCUCAUUCCCUACACACAGGGAUUUCUCCAGUUUCUUUGAAAUUUUAAGUAAUUAAGCAUAUUGCAACGUAGAUGAUGGAGUUUAUGUUGAGGAGUAUUUUAAGUAUUCCACAACAUUUUCAGGCACUUGUUUACAGAUCAAAAUGGUUCCUCCCAUCUUUUCUUUCACCUCUAAACAUUUCUCAUUUGAUUAAUCAGAUUUAAAAUUGUAUUAAAAAAGAUGGUUAUUUAAACCAUUUGUUGACUUUGGCCCAAUUCUUUUUCCAUCAAAAUUAGAAAGAGCUUAACUUGUGGAUAAAAGUUGACCAUUUUCUAGUUAAAACAUCUUUGUUAUCCAUCCUCAGCUGCAAAGAAAAUCUUAAUUCAUGUGAUUUUUAAAUUUUCUAGUUAUUUUUGUUUAAAAAAAAAAAGUCCCAACCUUUUAGGAAUUGUACACGUGCAUUCUAUAGCUAUGUUCUCCAUUGAGAUUGUAUUAAAAUCUUUCUGACACAACCACAGGAGUUCACAUGAUUAAUCCAGCAUAUCUGUAACUGGAAACUCUGCAGUGACAAUGGCAGGACUUUUUAUAUUUUUAAUCAUGGCAUGUCUUUUAUCCUAAUGUGUGUCUUAUUUUUAAAUAAUCUUUUGAGUAUUUUUAUUAUUAUUUUUUGCAAGAAGACAAUGUUGGGAAAUGAACAGUAUUAAAAUUUCUUACUGAUAACAGA